AGAUAGCAUUGUUUGAAGUGAUGAAAGCGCUGGACAUCACACCCGACGGUAUAAUUGGCCACUCGUUUGGAGAGAUAGCCUGUGCUUACGCUGACGGGUGUCUCAACACAAGGGAAGCAAUGGUCGUCAUAUCAUUCCGAGGAACAUUUACAGAAGGUAACAAAACUCUACCCAAAGGGCUGAUGGCUGUCGUGGGGUUACCCAAGUUUGAGGCCCAGAAGUUGUGCCCAAACGGUGUUUACAUCGCCUGUAAUAACGCUAAGGAUAGUGUUGUUAUUUCCGGUCUGGAAAAGGAGAUGAAAGAAACAAUGAAAGUGUUGGCAGAGAAAAAUAUAUUUGUUCGCCAAUUAGAGAGCAGUAAUAUUGCCUAUCAUUCAAAAUACAUUCAAACCGCUGCCCAACCAAUGAUCGACGCCAUCAAUAAACAUAUACCGCAUCCGAAGCCGCGCUCCAAGAAAUGGUUGUCCACUUCACUCAUGAUCGCCGAUCCGACAGAGCAGGCCCUGCGGUACGCAUCGGGCGAGUACUUUGCCCACAAUUUGGUCAACCCUGUUCAGUUUCAUGACCAACUCAAACAACUCCCGGCCGAUGCCAUUGUCUUAGAGAUCGGUCCGCAUUCACUGUUUGCGAAACUAGUGACCGAAACACUCACUGAGACCUCUUAUGUGUCGCUCAUUAAAAAAGAUUCAAACAAUACUAAUAUGGACUUAUUUUUGUCCGGUUUGGCCACUCUAUACGAGUUGGGCGUUAAUCUGUCGCCGGAUAAGCUGUACCCGCGGUGUGAGUGGCCGGUGGCCAGGAAUACGCAGUCGAUUAACUCGUUGAUAAAAUGGGAUCACAGUUCAGUCAUUCCGCGCCGCAUAUAUCCGGAGCGAUGGUGUCGGGGAACCGCCGCUGACAUGAGGGUUGUUAUCAAUUGUAACACAAAAGAGGACGAGUUUUAUUUGGACCACUCCGUAGACGGCAACCCUAUAUUCCCCGCAACCGGCUAUUUAAUGCUGGCGUGGCGUAAACUGGCGGCCGAUUUGGGCAAACUAUGGCACAGCGUACCCGUCAUAUUUGAGAAUGUUCAAUUUAAAAGGGCCGUAUUUUUGACCAAGGACCAAAAUACUAUUCUUACAGUUAAAUAUUUUUCAUCAACAGGUGAGUUUGCAAUAUACGAGAACGAAAAUGCAUGCGUGUCGGGCAAAAUGCGUGCGCCGGGCGAUGACGUGCUAAUAGCACAGCAUCUGCUCUAUAAAAAUGAGUCCAAACUAUCGCAGAGCCAGUACUCGGUUAAGAGGCACGACAUAUACAAAGAGUUGAAAAUUAUGGGCUUAGACUACGGGCCGGCGUUUCAACGGCUCGACAAAGUGGGCACAAAUGAUUUCAACGAGUUUUACGGUGAGUGCGAAUGGGACGGACAGUUUGUCAGUUAUAUGGACGCGAUUCUACAUUCGCGCGCCCUAUCGGUGCCCUUUCGCAAAAUGCAGUUACCGGUGAUGAUUCGCAAGUUAGGGCUCGACCCGCGCCUUAUGUUUGACGCUAUCAAACGUCACCGGAGUCAGAAGGAGGUGACAACCGGUGGGGGCAACGGCGCCGACGACAACCUUCAAUUGAACUACAAAAUAGAUGGUGUGAUCGCCGGCAAAGUCUCCGACUGGACCGACGAACAGACCACCGUUUCGGCGAUUAUGGAGAGAGAAGAAAUCCGAUUCGCCGAACGUUUCGCCAAAUACUCGUCUCGAAUACCGUUUUAUUACAAUUUGGAUACAAAACAAUUGGUAUCGCCCGGCGUUGAACUCGAUGAGGUGGUCGUAUUACCCGUAUCCCGACGUACGGACAUUACUGGGUUGGUCUUGGAUUCGGCCGAGUUCUGCGCCAACGAUGAUAAUCACGCCAUCGAUGAGUGCCUAUCGAUCGCUGUGUCCAAUGAAUACGAUUUGAGUAAAGAUUUGGUGAAUCAGAUCCAAAGGAAUGAACAAAGGGCUACUGAAUGGCAAAUUAAAGAUGACAUACCAUUAAAACCCUCGCAUUUGGUUAUAAUGAGAGACUCACAAGACUUAUGGCAAAUGGAUUUGAAUAAAUUCACUCAAGACUUGUUUAACUCUAUAAACAACAAUGGAUUCCUAUUAUCGGUAUUUCGUUAUAAGUUUACGGAACCGGAGAUUGCGUUCAUGUCUUUGAAGGGAAACUCAAUUCCCAGUAAUAAUGAAUUAGAUUUAAGAAUCAGCAAGUUUGUGUCGAUUGCCACUAAAACUGGAUUUAAUUUAAUCGCAUCAAAAAGCGAUACAAUUGGUACUCAAUGCCUAAUGCUUAGAAAAAUCAUUCACAAACCUAUAGUCCCUGAAAAACACAAUGUUAUCAAAAUAACUGGUGAUUAUCAGCAAUGGUUUGAAGCGUUGCAGACAAAACUGAUCGCCGCUAAAGAGGCGGACAAUAAAACGGAUAACGUAUGGCUCGUGUCUCAGGACUCGUGUAUUAACGGAAUCAUUGGUUUAAUGAAUUGUUUGCGAUUAGAACCGGGAGGAGAGAUAUUCCGGUAUAUCUUCCAUAUGGACAUCAAUAGUGAGACGGAAAUUGACUUCAAUACUAAACCAUAUUCUGAUAUAUUGGCCAACGAUUUGGUUGCAAAUGUAUUCAAAGGGGGAAAACUGGGAACUUAUAGACACAUAAAACUUCCCAACGAUUUUGAUAAAUGUGUUUCAAAUGAUUAUUAUCUAAACUCCGGCACAACAAAAGACUUGGCGGGUAUUCAAUGGUAUGAUUCCCGAAAAUUACCCGAAAUUAAAAAAUAUUGGAAUUUUAAUAACAAAGAAAUUUCCAAAACACGGGUUGAAAUAUACUGUUCCGGCAUUUCAUUUCACGACGUUAUUGUCGCUUCAGGUCGCAUACCCGCCGGUCGCGAGCAGCUGUUCUCUGAUUGUGUGAUGGGCUUUGAAUACGUGGGCCGUCGCGUGGAUACCGGGGAACGUGUGAUGGGUAUAGAUAUGGGCCGUACUUUUGCCACUUCGCUGAACGCCAGCAUUCAUAGCAUGACUACAAUUCCCGAGCACUGGUCGAUGGCAGACGCCGCCACUAUAUUGAGCACAUAUAGCACUCUGUAUUAUUCGCUCAUCAAACGGGCUAAUCUUAAAAAAGGUGAAAGUAUAUUAAUACACUCAGCGGCGGGAGGUGUGGGUCAGGCGGCCAUCAAUAUGUGUAAGCAUUACGACUGCGAUAUCUAUACAACGGUUGGGACGGAAGAGAAGAAACAGUUUUUGAUUAAUGAAUAUAAUAUACCGGAGAAUAAGAUAUUCAACUCAAGAAAUAUUGUAUUCAAAAAUCAAAUGUUGAAACUAACGGCUGGAAAGGGAGUGAAUAUUGUGUUGAAUUCAUUGGCGGGCGAGAAGUUGGACGCGUCGUAUGAGUGUGUGGCCAAUAGCGGCCGCUUUGUGGAGAUCGGUCGGUACGAUAUGUUUCAAAACAAACAAUUGGGCAUGUUUGAUUUUUUGCGCAAUAUUCAAUUUAUCGGUAUUGUUAUGGAUAUUGUUAUUAUGGAUGAAAUGGAUUUCUUCCCGGAUUUCUACGAUUGGGUUCACAAUAACUGUAAGAAUGGUUGCGUUAAACCAAUUAAUUAUACACUGUUUGAGGCCAAGGAUGCGGACAAAGCGUUCCGUUAUAUGACAACCGGUAAACAUAUGGGAAAAAUUGUCAUUAAAAUGAGAGACGAAGAGAUGGAUAGGCGGCCAUUGAAAGCGAUAAAACCGGCCGUAAAUAUGAAGACAAUGAUUAAAACAUUCUUCGAUCCAAACAAAGUCUAUAUAAUAACCGGAGGUUUGGGUGGUUUUGGUCUGGAAUUGAUUCCAUGGAUGCAAUCAUUGGGCGCACGAAAAUUUGUGGUCACUUCCAGGUCUGGCCUUAAGACUGAUUAUCAGAAAUACGUUUUCAAUCGAUUCAAAAUGUUUUACCAAAAAUUAAAACUAUUUGAAUGUCAAUGGAUUGUCUCGACGGCCAAUGGGUUCACAAUUGAAGGCACAAUACAAUUGCUAAAUGAGGCGAAAAAGUUGGGACCCAUUGGAGGAGUAUUUCAUUUGGCGCUUGAAUUGAACGAUUGUUUGAUAGAAAAUUUAACGUUUGAAAAAUUCUGCUCAUCUAUUGAUACAAAACACAAGAUCUUCACAAAUCUGGAUCAACUGACGCGACAAUUGGACUAUACAUUGGAUUAUUUUGUCAUUUUCUCGUCCAUUCUUUGUGGUAAAGGAAACGGCGGUCAAUCAAACUAUGCUUUCGGAAAUUCCAUGUGUGAGCGUAUAUGUGAAGAGAGACGUAGGGAUGGUCUGCACGGACUCGCCAUACAAUACGGACCCAUCGGUGAUGUGGGAGUGCUUGAAGGGAAGGAUCAGUUGAUGGCAUUCAUAACAUUACGAAAGCAGAGAAUAAACUCGUGUUGUGAUGUUUUGGAUAAACUUUUAUCAAUCAAACAAGCGGUGGUCACAUCUCAUAUUAAAGUGGAUAUGAGUGCUAAAGAGUCGGGCAGUAAAAAGUCACGUAUGAUUGCAGAGUUGUGGCGCGCAUUGGGUAUCGACCCGGCGGUGACGCCAAACCACUUGACUCUCAGCGAGAUAGGGCUCGAGUCGAUGUUCGCCGUGGAGUUGCAGCAUGAUUUGGAGAGGGAGUGGAAUAUAAGGAUAUCGUCAAAUCAAAUCAAUCAUAUAACCAUCGGUAUGUUAAAGGACUACGAGGUGGGCAACUUUGGUUAUAUGAAAAAGCACAUGGACAGUUUGAAACUAGCCAGGAAGAAUUUGUUAAAACAAAAAUUCGUAAUUCCCACCGAAUCCCACACCCGUUUAAACGCUGUGACUAGCGGUCGACCCGUAUAUUUAAUGCCCACUAUUUUGUUAAAUUUCACCAUGUUUGAGCAGUUGGCACAAUCGCUUAAUCGGCCUGUAUUGGGGCUCAAUUGGACCCGUGAAAUGUCCAAAAUGACCACGAUCAAAGAGCUGAAUCAAUACUUUAUCAAACUGUUGAAACAACUCGAACCAAACGGCGGGUACGAUGUGGUCGGCUAUUUAGACGGUGCCAUCACUUGCAGCAAAUUGUUGCUCACCGGAAUGACAGACAAAGUGCUAAUAAUUGAUGUUUUGUCCGACGAGAGGUUCAACGAGGAUCAGCUCUCAGAAGAAGAUUUGUUGGUCUUUACUAUGCAUAUAUUGUUCAGCGAAAUGCCGGACAGUAUUAGGGAUAAGAUUGUACGCGAUUUGAAGAAGGAGUCCGACACUAAAGCCCGCAUACGAGUGGUCACCAAAGAGUUGGUCGAACUCGUAGGUAAAGGUCUGGUGGCGCCCGAUAUCGACGAGAUAUUUGCCAUUUUGUUGGCCAGACUUCGUAUGUUUUUGUCUUAUAGGGCGGAGAAGAGGGAAAAGUUCUCCAUUCGGCUCAAAAUGGCAAUUGGGAAAAAGUGGUCCAAACGUGUGGGCAAAUUGAUCAUGGUCAAACCUUUUGUAUUGGACAAUGUGGACGCUGUCGAUGAAUUGAUUGGCAAAUCACGCGACGCAUACUUAUUACCAGCCGUAAAGAUAAUUAAGGACUCGUAU